GAGUCUGGCCACCCGCAAAGCACAAACACUAGUCUCACGUGACCCACGCCGCGUCCGCGUGACCAGCGUCGCACCCGGUGGGCGUCACGUGACGGACUGAGCUUUCCGCCAAUCGUUGCGUUCGUUGUGGAGAUUCCACCCAGGACCCGGCCCGGAACUUAAAAUACCACAGUCUCUCAACAGCCCAAGGGGCCAGCUACCCGCUUCCAGCUUGGCGGCGGUGUCUUCCAAGGGUCCUCUUCUACAGGGGCGUCGGGAAGCCCAGGCCUAAAGCACGCUCAGUCCCGGAAGUGACGUCUCCCAGAGGGGCCGGAAGUGGCAGUGGAGGGAGGGAAGAUGGCGGAGGUGGUGAGUCCGGUGCCCGGGGCGGGGCGGAGGGAGCCAGGGGAGGUGGGUAGAGCCCGAGGCCCCCCAGUAGCCGACACUGGCGCCGCGCUGUCUCCCCAGGGGGAGAUAAUCGAAGGCUGCCGCCUGCCGGUGCUACGGCGGAACCAGGACAACGAAGAUGAGUGGCCCCUGGCCGAGAUCCUGAGCGUGAAGGACAUCAGUGGUCGGAAGCUUUUCUAUGUCCAUUACAUUGACUUCAACAAACGCCUGGAUGAAUGGGUGACCCACGAACGGCUGGACCUGAAGAAGAUCCAGUUCCCUAAGAAAGAGGCUAAGACCCCCACCAAGAACGGACUUCCUGGGUCCCGCCCCGGCUCUCCAGAGAGAGAGGUGCCGGCCUCCACCCAGGCCAGCGGGAAGACCUUGCCAAUCCCGGUCCAGAUCACACUCCGCUUCAACCUGCCCAAGGAGCGGGAGGCCAUUCCCGGUGGCGAGCCCGACCAGCCGCUCUCCUCCAGCUCCUGCCUGCAGCCCAACCACCGCUCAACGAAACGGAAGGUGGAGGUGGUUUCACCAGCAACUCCAGUGCCCAGCGAGACAGCCCCAGCCUCAGUUUUUCCCCAGAAUGGGUCAGCCCGUAGGGCAGUGGCAGCUCAGCCAGGACGGAAGCGAAAAUCGAAUUGCUUGGGCACUGAUGAGGACUCCCAGGACAGCUCAGAUGGGAUACCAUCAGCUCCACGCAUGACUGGGAGCCUGGUGUCUGACCGGAGCCACGACGACAUUGUUACCCGGAUGAAGAACAUUGAGUGCAUCGAGCUGGGCCGGCACCGCCUCAAGCCGUGGUACUUCUCCCCGUACCCACAGGAGCUCACCACGUUGCCCGUCCUCUAUCUCUGCGAGUUCUGCCUCAAGUAUGGCCGCAGCCUCAAGUGUCUGCAGCGUCACUUGACGAAGUGUGAUCUGCGACAUCCUCCAGGCAAUGAGAUUUACCGCAAGGGCACCAUAUCCUUCUUUGAGAUCGAUGGACGUAAGAACAAGAGUUACUCCCAGAACCUAUGUCUUCUGGCCAAGUGUUUCCUCGACCACAAGACGUUGUACUAUGACACGGACCCCUUCCUCUUCUACGUCAUGACGGAGUAUGACUGCAAAGGCUUCCACAUCGUGGGCUACUUCUCUAAGGAAAAGGAGUCCACGGAAGACUAUAACGUGGCCUGCAUCUUAACUCUGCCGCCCUACCAGCGCCGCGGCUACGGCAAGCUGCUGAUCGAAUUCAGCUAUGAACUCUCCAAAGUGGAAGGGAAAACGGGGACCCCAGAGAAGCCCCUCUCGGACCUUGGCCUCCUGUCCUACCGCAGCUACUGGUCCCAGACCAUCCUGGAGAUCCUGAUGGGGCUGAAGUCAGACAGCGGGGAGAGGCCGCAGAUCACCAUCAACGAGAUCAGUGAAAUCACAAGCAUCAAGAAGGAGGAUGUCAUCUCUACCCUACAGUACCUCAACCUCAUCAACUACUACAAGGGCCAGUAUAUCCUCACACUGUCAGAGGACAUCGUGGAUGGGCACGAGCGGGCCAUGCUCAAGCGGCUCCUCCGCAUUGACUCCAAGUGUCUGCACUUCACUCCCAAGGACUGGAGCAAGAGGGGGAAGUGGUGACCAGGCACUGCCCAUACUAGUGCCAACAAAGCGGGCAAAUGGGGGCCGACAUCCCAUCCAGCUCCCAACAGGCCCCUAAGAGGGACACCAAGGGAGACGGACCAGGCUGAGGACAGUUCCACAAGGAGAGGACGAGCCUGGUAGGGGCUGGCUGGUGCCCAGCACCAGAGUGAGCUCAGGGCUCAGGUCAACUCUAAAGUCAGCUGGCCGCAGGCCCAGGCCUGCUGUGAACCAGGGACUAGAGGGAGCCAGGCAGCUGUGUACAGUGAGAUGGGGGUGGGGGCACUCUGAACAGAGAGCCGGCAGCUGUAAAAAUUUCUUUUGUAAAGUAGGAGUUGGGGGUGGGGUGGGUACUGGCUGCAGAAUUCUGGCCUCUCUUACCCCCACCAGCCCCUGUUCCCUGCCCCCACCAAUAAAUUGUUUCCACAGGCCAGA